AUGUCCGGCUGGCAGCAUCUCUACAUCAACGUGUGCCUGGCCACCUAUGUUAUCCACAUGGGGAGCCUGCUCUGUUGGCUGUGGGUCUCCGGUCGAGGCUGGUAUCGCAUGUUCAAAGUGGGUGGAGUCCCAUCCUCGGAGUACGAGUUUUGGGUGGUCCGGCUGUUCUUCGUGAUGGCCGUGGCGGAUGGCCUGCGUGGGGUGGAUGGCCUCUACGAUACCUUCGAGGACGGCUCCUUUGUCAGCGUUUGGGGCAGCGUCACCAUUGGAGCUCGCUUCGUGGCCUGGUGGGUGAGGGAUCUCCUCGGCUUCCUGAUUCUGCUGUUGUUUCACAGCUUCACGGUCAGGUGGACGCACACGGCCCUGGAGCUCCCAAUGCCAGGGACGCUGGUUGCCAUGGUUCGCAUCGCAUGCGCUACUGGAACUGUGGGUUUCGCCAUCGGCUUGUGCGGCGUGCUGGCUACAAACAAGCAGUUGUGGCAGGUUUUCUGCAUGGUCUCUGUGCUACCAUACAACGCGAUGAGCUGCUUCAUGUGCGGACGGCAUCUUUGGAACGUCUUGCCGCGGAUCGCAGAACUGGUCCCAGAAAAUGAUGCUGAAACAACGAAGUUUCUUGAACGAUCCAGAGCCACCGCCAAGCGAAUGCUUGCGGCUCAUCUCAUUAUGCUCUCCGCUUUCCCGGCGCUCAUACAUCAGAAGGUUGCGAUCGGCCAGAAUCCCUUGAUUGCACACCUUCCAGCUGCUUGGCCAUUGUGGAGGUGA